AUAUGACGAUCCAUUAUUGUAUUAUGAUCGCAUCACCACGCGUUGUGUAUAACCUUGAUCUUUGCACAGACUGGUAUUUGGUAGAGAAAGGAUAUUUUGUAUAUAUUUUUUUUUCGACUUAUGUAGAUGUACUCUGUUUGUUACCUUUGUGUCACAUUAAAGUAUUAAAAAUCUUAUUAGUUUCGACUUUUGAUAAUAACAAGUAAUUGCAGCUAUUUAUUUAAACAAUUUACGGUUAUAUGGUGGAUUUAUAAAGAAUCAUAUGAGAUACAAAUGUAACAAAACAGAGACACAUUUCUAUAAAAUGAAAAUAUCUUAGAAAAUAAAAAUACAGUCGUAGAGAGGAAAAAUUAACAUGUACAUUUUCAUAUCAAAUCAGAAUGCAAAACGCAAAAUAGGCCUAAAAACAAAAUUGCCAUACGAAAUAUUGUCACGUUAUCCGCUUGCAACUGGUCACAAAAUACCUAAAAAUAUCGUCGCCAUAUUGGUAUUGUCAAAAACUUCGGGAUAUAUCGGUGCCGAUGAAAAAAUGGUUUCAAGUCUUUUAAUUACCGAGUUAUCUGUUUUCGAGUGAUCUAAAAGGACCUGCGGUGACUUUAGAUGUUACGUUUGUCGUAUGAGUUGUGUUAUUCGGUUCUUAAAUGAUGUUUUCAAUGGAGAAAUGUUUGGGCCGUAGUGGUAAAGGUGGUAGUGAAGGUGCCGAUUUAUUCGCCGGCGGUGGCGAGGGUUUGGGUAAAGAGGGAGUGCCUUCUGAUGAGGUCGCUUCAGCCGUGGCCGCGGUCUCGGACGAGAUCGGAGACAUCCUGAAGGAUGAGCUGGGUGACGCUGAUCGCGCGGAUCGCAUCGGAGCAGAGCUUGCAGAUUUGAGCGCGGAGCUUGGUCUGCUGGCAGGCUUAGCUGAUGGGGAGCCGCAGCAAGAUUUCCCGUCACUCUUCGAAAUAGCCAUGGGCCACCGUGGUUCUCGCAGUGGAUCAUCGUCAUCAUCGUGGUCUGGGGGUCGCGGGGGUCGUCCGAGGCGCAACUCGAGACCCCUGAGGGCACCGAGGCGGCGGCCCAUCGCUAAGGGGAAGGAGAUGUCACGUCGACGCAGUGCAGCGGCUCGGCGCGCAGUGUGUAUGCGCGUGCGUCGGGUGGAAGUCGUGUCGGACGCGUCGGACGUAGGCGCCGACUCCGACUCAGACGACCAGUGGACUGAGCUGGACGAUCCAUGUUCGUCGGACGCUCCGUCCAUGAAGCCUGCAGCUAUCGACCUGGACUGCAACGGAUACCAGGACAAAGCUUCGGCGGAGGCCCCAGCAAUGGGCCAGUUCCUCCUGCCGCUGCUGAGCGCUGAGGCUCCGGCUCCAGACCCUGAGCACUUCCCCAUCCGACACGAGGACAUACUGCAGCUCCUCGCGUCCACAGAGGAGGGUGUUCACGAAGAGAUUCCCGCCGAGGAGGAUCUGCACUCCCCUCUAGAACCACAGACUGACAUGCUGUCUGGCAGCGAGGUGCUAGAGUUCGACGACACAUCGGUGACGGCCGAGGAGGAGGCCGCCUUACUGCACUACGUCUGCGGAAUGGACGCGGAGCGCGGCGAGGCGAGCGCGGCGUGGUCCCCGGUGGCGGAGUGGUUGCUGGGCGUGUUCCACUCGUGGUGCGAGAUCUCGGCACUCAUGUUCACUAUCAUCGAGACUGAUAUGAGCAUGGAGAUGGUGACGGAGGAGUGGCUGUACCGCGCCCGGUUCGGCUGCCACUGCCAGCUGUGCCUGUGUCUGGCCAACAACGCGGACGCUGUCUUCGCCGUCAUACGGGACGUCGUCUGGGCACUCGCUCACUGCGGCAGUACAGUGGGCGUGGCGGCGCUGGUGGUCCGCGGGCUGGGAGGCGGCCAGGCGGCGCCCCCGGCGGGCGGCGCGCCCUCCGGGGCCGGCGCGCCCCCCCCGGCCGGCGCGCCGCCCCCGCCGCCGCCCGCGCAGCUGUGGGACACCAACACGCUGCGCCGCGCGCUGUCCGCGCCGCAAGGCUCAGCAAUAAUCCACGAGCAACUGACGAAGCUGGCGGCGCAGAGCGAGCUGACGCGCGACAUCGUGCACAAGAUAUGUCUCUGUCGUCCGUACGACAAGCCCCUUGAUAAGGAGAAUGCUGGCGAGAGGUUCUACAAGAUAUUGGAGAACUUCAAGGCGGCUUCUACUAUCUCGUUCAAGGUGGACAUGUGGUGCGGCGGGCGCGGCGCGGCCUGGGUGCGCGGGGCGCGCGCGCGACUGGCGCGGGCACUGCGGCCCACGCAGCGCGCCUCCACCGCCGCGCGCCUGCGGGACGUGCGCGCGCGGACCGAGCCCGCAGACCUGUCGGCGUGGGCGGGGUACAAGCACAGCUGCGACUGUCUGACGCCGCGGACUCUGUGCGCUCAGCAGAGGGAACAGUUGAUCAGGUACGGGGGGACCACCUGCAGUGGAAUUCCUCCGAACGAAGGACAAUCCGAGACGACGAGUAGAGAGUUACAGCAGGGCGAUGGAACGGGUGCCAAGCCCCCGGAGGAAGGUCCGGAUGACAUUCAGAGUAUGGGCAGCGCGGAGAGCCACGCCUCGCACGAUACUGGAGACGACGCGGAGAGCGGAGAUGGCGCGGAGAGUGUGGGCGAGGGCGCGGAGUGCGCGGAGGGCCAGCUGGCUCCAGCGGAGCGCGACAAGGACACCGACUCCAACCCCACCUGCGAUCUGGACGACUUAUCAGAAUCGGACGCGAACUCCCUUGGACUAUCAACAUCGUCAUCACUAGAUUCAGCAUCAGAAUUACUCCUCGCCGCAGCGGCUGCAGUGGAAUCCCGAUCCCGAUCAGGAUCCGGAUCCGGUUCCGGUUCAGGAUCCGGUGGGGACGCGGCCCCGGCUCAGCUUUGUCGUACAGUGAGACAUCUGAUGCGGUCCAUCGCGUCUAUCGAGAGGUUGAUGGAUCGAGUGCUGAAACAUUGCGACGAUUGGCCCGCGCCGCCUACUAGAAACGAUCACGAGACCAGGAAACGUGUAGACAUGGGACUAUCUGAGGUGGACAGGAAGCUAAUGGCGAUGUAUCGAAGGCUACCGGAAGUGCAUCGUAGGCAGCUGCAAGUUUAUAGGAAACAAAAAAAAUUAUCCACUGUGUGCAUGCAGCUAGUGGGGGGCCUGGCGCCGGCGCCCCCUCCCCCUGGUUCCCCGCCCCCCGCGGCCCCCCCGCAGGCCUGUCGUGCGCUCUGUCCCGAGUACCAUCUGCAGAGGUUUAAGGAGGUCCGACGUAAAGUAAUGCACAUGCGCGACCAACAGCUCUACUACCAUAGACUACGGAUGUGGCUGGAAGAUCAACUCAGGCAGGAGAGGGAGAGUCUCCCGGAAUCGAACGUAACUUUAAUCGAAGACUUACCCCGCCGCAAAAGGCGGACAGCUAGCCCAAAAGUCCCGCGGCUCACAACGGGCUCAAAGCGCAAACUAAAGCCGGUCUCACCAUCUAUAAGCAAACCACACAAAAUACUGCAAAUGCUCAAACAUAAGGCGCCAGCACAAACUACUCACUUAUUAACCGAUUUUAAACAUGAGCCGAGCAAGAUAGAAGUCGAUCCGCCUGAAGCUUUCCCCCUAGAAAGAGAAGACAAUAUAAGUGACACUGAAACUAUCGUAGGAGAGAAAGAGACGGUAGAUAUGUGUAAAGAAAUGAAAGAAUGCCUUGCCAAGUUCUCCAAUUUUGGUUUAACGAACGAUGGGAAUGAGGAAUUUCAAGUGCAAGUCGAAAAUAAAUAUCCCGAGUCUGUCAGUCCGCCCCUACAAGAAAUGUCUCCGACUACUCCAGAACCGAUGCCCGUGUACACUUCCAAACCUAAUCAACGACUGCUAUCCGUUAACAAGUUUUUGAAAAAAGAUGAAAAAGCAGACUUCAAUCAACCGAUUUCAACCGAAGUAUUGAAUAUACCACUCAACGCUCGAAGGACUCCAAUCUUAGUUAAAGAUGAGAAAGAAACUUUAACGGAGCCUUUAGAAAAUGAUAAAGAUCCCAAUGUUUAUAAGUAUGUUUCCUUCGGGCUGGAAAUCAAAAAAGCAAUGGAGGAAUGCCAGAAUAUAAUUAAUUCGUAUAAUAGCAUUAAAGAUGGACGAAAGGAGGACGACAAUCAACUGUCUUUAGAACAGAUCUGUGAAGUAAUGAUGACGUUAGAUAAAAAUUCAGCGGAAUUUCUAGACAAAAUUGACACUGAAGAAUCUAUAGAUCUUAAUUCGGCGAACACGAAACUAGUGGAACUUGUUGAAAAUAUGCCUCAAAUAUUAGCGAAUAUGCCAGAAAUCGCAUCAAAGUUAUCUGAAUUCGCAAACGCGUCCUUUGAGCUACCAGAAUUCGCGUCUAUUAUGAGCAAUCUACCCGAAGUUAAUAACGAAGCUCAACUAACUCCGGAGACGUUGAAACAAAUACGCGAUUUGAAACUAAAUAAGGCUAGAGAUAACGUCAAAGUCACAAAGAAUACUGCGAAAAGAAAAACCCAACGUAGACUCAAAAGUAAUGUCGAGUCCAACGAUGUAAUAGGCACUAUGACUUUCGAGUUAGAUAAUAGAGAUAUAGUAGAACUACUAAAAGACGAAAAAGACCUUCAGGCGUUAAUGAAAAAUAAAAAUAAGGAUGACUUUAAAGAUCUUCUAUUCUCAAUCUCCGCUCAAGUCGUUAUCAACAAAGUUUUUGAAUAUCUAAAGCAAAACAAGAGUCCGAUGUUAGAAAAAUGCAUGGAUGAGGAAAAGGAAUUGUUUUCUUUGCCAAAAAGCAGUUUAAAUUCAGAAAUGUAUUCUAAAGCAUCUACUUUAUUCGAAUAUUCGGUCAAGGACGCGCUGAGUAUGGAGGAAUUGAGAGACCUGGUCAAAUUAAGAUUCAACUCCUGGAAAAAUUACGUAUCAUCAAAAUUCAAGGGUAUCCCGGUAGAAAUACUGGAGAAUGAGAUCCAAGCCAUGAUAGACAAGUUCUACAGCUAUAUACACGAUUCAGCUGGAAAAAAUUAUGCUCCCGACUUUGAUAGGAUGGCGGCGAAAUUCGAAGAGUUAAGGAAACAUCAUGAAACGCACAGAGACUCCGACUCCGAUUCUCGAGAGACGGUCAGACAAAUUCUUCUAACGACCUCCGUAGGAAAUACUAUAGACAUACUAAUGAUGAAAUUUCCAAAACUAACCCACGAGAAGAAAGAAUUAGUGAAAGGUCUAAACUUUAAGUAUAUGAGUGUUUUGCACCGCUGUUGUGAAUCUCAAUCGCUAGCUAAUUGGAUUCUGACAGAUCCUGAAACAGCCAUAAAUGUGAUACAAGAAUUAAUGGAUUACCAAGUGAAGAAACCUGAUAACGUGCCAGAUUUCACCACAAUGUCGAAUGAUAAGAAACGGGAUUACUUUAUAGAGAGACUUCGCGAUGUUAACAAACAGUAUUUGGAGACGUUACCCAAGAAGAAUCUGUCAGGAGACGAGUGGCUAGUCAUACUAUAUAAGUUAGAGCAGUACGAAGAGAAACUAAAAGAGAAUAUUAAUAAGGCGACCCCUCAACCGGUUAAGACGACUCAGAACGCCAGUGAGGCGGAAAUUUUGGCAGCCAAAGGUCUUAGCAAGAUUAUAGGUAAAGCUAGCAUACGUGUGGUUAAAAAAACCGAACAACCACCUAAGAAGAAAGAGGAACCACCGAAGGUUAAUGAAACUGAAGAGAAGAAAUGCAAAAAUGACGCUCUAUUAGCUAAAUGUGAAGCGAUACUUACGUCUAAAGGCGAGAAAUCACUUCUAGACAGCUUUUACACAAUCAAAUCAUAUAUAACACAAGGUCUGCCAGUCCCUGAAACGUAUAAAAAGCACGUCAUUAAUAUAUGUUCGUCGAUAGACGCGAAACUUUUAGAUGAAGAUGUAGAAGAAAUAAAAUCGGAAGCCACAGAAGAUGGCAAGGAAAAACCGCCUCUAUCGCCGCAAAAUCAUGAGAAUUUAGCAAAAUAUUCCGCUCAAGCACUUCGCAAUGCCAAGCAAACAUUGAACGCGGUCGCUUUUAAGAAUAUCAAUAGAAAUGGCCAGAGUAAAUCUGAGAGCGAUGCGUGUGAUAUACCAAAAAGUGAUUGUAAAUGGACUAACGACUGUAUGUGUAAUUCGUGUAAAGAUAAUGACUCAGCAUGCAUAGGGGACAUGGUGAAAAAUUGCUACGACGAUAAAAAAGUUGAGAAAAAGAAAGAAGUCAAAAAGCCGGUUGUGAAACCCAAGCCUAUUGCGAAAGCGUGCGAGAAUGUGAACCAUCAACAGCAUGUUUGUAAAGUGGGUCACGGCGGAGUGUCGUGUGCCGGCGAGGGCACGGACCAGCCCUGCACCUGCUGCUACUGUACCGUCUUCGGACAUGCCCCGCCUCUAACGACACCUGUGCCUAGAAAUUUCAAUGAGACUCGGGAACGACUGCGAUCUAUACUCAACAAGAAGAAACAACAGUGCAAGACUGCUAAUGCGAAUGGGGACCAAGAGCCGGCCGCCAUCAAGCCGACCGGGGUCCAAACCCCGCCGGCCGCCACUGAGACGCCGCCACAACCGAAGCCCACUACUAAACCACCGCCCGUCGCGCCCAAACCACCGGCCCUCCCCAAGUCGCAGCCGCCGACCCUGACCCCGGCGCAGGUGCAACAAAAGCGUCAGUCCCUGGACCUGCAGCAACGACAGCUCGCAGACAAGAUGGCGCGCAUGGCCGUGUCGGACAAACCCACGACAGGACCUACGGACCAGAAGGCCAAGAUGUUACAGCGCUCAGUUCCCGUACAAAUCGACGUGCCUCCCGGCCUGAAAGCUGAAGGCAAAGUCAAUCCCAACGCUAUGGAGCAGAUACGAUUACAGGUACAUGUCGUAUAAAGGUGCCCCCUCACGUUUUUUUUUGUCGUAGGUGCGUUUACAAACAUACAAGUUCACAUACACAUGACACCCAGACCCG